GUCGGACAUGUCAACAAGCGAUUUCAAGCUAAAGUGAUUAGCUUCCAAACCUCGCCUGCCCGGCGUUGCCACUCUGAACAGCGCCUCUCACUCCCCCUGAGUCCGUCUCCUCAUAUUUCCUGUCGUUAGCACUCACAACCGAGAGGCGUGGUCAGGUCGUGAGCCAAAAUGGCAGGACGUCAAGUCCGCACACUGCCGUGAUUCAUCGUAGCUGCGCGUAGCUCAACGAGGAACUGGCAGUUGGAGAAGAAGGAAACCCGGCGACGCUCGAGCAUGGCUGAACUCGAGCUGCACAACGGAGAGCUGGACAUGGGGAGGAAGAUCGAGGAGACGAGGCGGAGGUUCCAGGCUGACUUUCUCCAAGACUCGGCAGACAAGUACGACCCCAGGGACGUGGAGAGACUGGAGCAGGAUGACAGUCUGGUGGAGGGCUACCUGACCUGGAGGCUCUAUGUUGUCGACGACGCCCUGAAAAUGAUCGAUGAGAGUUUUCAGUGGAGGAAGGAGUUUGCCGUUAACGAUCUCUCCGAGAGCACCGUUCCUAAAUGGAUGUUUGAGACCGGCGCCGUCUACCUCCAUGGCUAUGACAAGGAAGGGAACAAGCUUUUCUGGUUCAAAGUGAAGCUGCAUGUGAAGGACCCCAAGACCAUCAUGGACAAGAAGAAGUACGUGGCCUUCUGGCUGGAGCGCUACGCCAAGAAAGAGCCGGGGAUGCCGCUGACCGUCGUGUUCGACAUGGCCGAGUCUGGCAUUGGCAAUAUCGACAUGGAUUUUGUGAAGUACAUUAUCAAUUGCUUCAAAGUCUACUAUCCAAAGUUUCUUUCCAAAAUGAUCAUCGUGGACAUGCCCUGGAUCAUGAACGCGGCGUGGAGAAUCGUCAAGUCGUGGUUGGGUCCGGAGGCCAUCAGCAAGCUCAAGUUCGCCUCCAGAGCUGAGAUCCAGAACUUCAUCGGCCUGGAGUACCUGCCGCCGCACAUGGGUGGGACGGACCCCUUCAAGUACAGCUACCCUCCGCUCCCGGAUGACGACUUCCAGACGCCUCUCUGUGAGAACGGGCCCAUCGUCAGCGAGGACGACACGGAGAGCAAAGAGGGCGAAAUGGAGGGCAGAGACACCCUGGAGUCCAGCUACAGCUCGGAGACCGCCGUGAAGGCCAAAAAGGUGAAUUUCAUGGAGGAGAGCACGAGGACGGAGGACGCAGAGAAGGCGGAGGUGUGCGUCCGGUUCAGGGGAGCCAGGAAGCCCAACACCACCUUCAAGGGUCAGCUGCUGGAGGUCAGCCCUGCAGAGGAGCUCAGCUUCGGGCCUGGAGACACCGAGAGGAAAAGCCUCAUUAUCCUCAGCAACGUUGCCAAAAGUCCCCUGGCAUUCAAGGUGAGGACCACGGCUCCAGAGAAGUACCGGGUGAAGCCCAGCAGCAGCUGCUGUGAGCCGGGAGCCUUGGUGGAGAUCGUGGUGUCCUUACAUGGAGGCUCUCAGGCGUCUCCUCAGGACCGCUUCCUGGUCAUGGCGGCCGAGAUGGACAACGUGGGGCAGGAGCUGGCGCAGUUCUGGAAGGAGGUUCCCAGAAACAAGAUCAUGGAGCACAGGCUGCGCUGUCACGUUCUGGAGAGCACCAAGCCGCCAGCCGGCCCGCUGGGGGGCGAGCUCGAGGAUGCCGGACACGGCAGGCAGCAGGAGUUGCACGCAGCGCUCCUGCGCCUGACGGCCAGCGCCGCCAGGGUGGAGCAGAGGCUCGGCACCUGUCUGUGGCUCCAGACUCUGCUGCUGGGGAUGGUGGCUCUUCUCGCCGCCUUCAAUCUAUGGUGCUUCCACAAAAUGGCCUGACCUCCGACCCGCCUGCCGCCAGCCUGGACACUGUGGGGGGGAGGGGUGCAGGACCGCCUGCCCGGGGCUCAGGAGACUCCAGCUCUCCAGCACUUAGGAACCAAGAGGACUGUUUGUUUUUUACCACCGAGGCUCGUGAUCAUUGUAUUUUACAGACUGUAAUAGAGGAGAAUAAAUGUGUAUUUAUUGUAAAGAUGGCAUGUAGAAAAUAUCUGAUAUUUUUGUGAUCUCAAUUCGAUUUUUAUAUAAUUAUAUAAGCCUGUAAAUAAUAAACUUUUUUUCCAAAAGUGCAAUGGCCUGGACUCAUUCACACACGGCGCCAGUCUUCUCCAGGUGAGGCCCACGUGGACAAGGGUGUCCGUCUGCACCUGUCCUGAGGUGCUCCAACGCUUGCUUCACUUCAGAGUCUGCAGGUGCAGGGAGCAGCUUGGGAGAGACACCAGCGGCGGAG